CGGUGCUACGAACUAGCUCGGCAGCUUUUACAUCGAGGGAAAUUCUGAGAGUUGUUUUCCUCGUCACACCGCCGUCCCCCCCUCCCGCCCCCCCGCCGUCCUUCACCAGCACUGCAGGAUCGCCGGGGUUUGAGCUCUUCUUCUUCUCCUUCUUCUUCUUCUCUCUCUUCUUCUGUUUCUUUUUUUUUUUUUUUGUCCCGUGACCCGCCAACAUGCCAGCCGCACUCACAGACUCCAGUCAGAUAAUCUGUGAAGUCUGGGCGAGCAACGUGGAGGAAGAAAUGAGGAAGAUACGACAGAUUAUCCAAAGCUACAAUUUUAUCGCAAUGGACACAGAAUUCCCCGGAGUGGUGGUGCGACCGAUCGGAGAGUUUCGCAGCACGGUGGACUACCAGUACCAGCUGCUGAGGUGCAACGUCGACCUGCUGAAGAUCAUCCAGCUCGGCCUCACCUUCAUGAACGAGGACGGAGAUUAUCCGCCCGGCACCACGACGUGGCAGUUCAACUUCAAGUUCAACCUCACAGAAGACAUGUACUCUCAGGACUCCAUCGACCUGCUGCAGAACUCCGGCCUCCAGUUUAAGAAACAUGAAGAAGAAGGAAUCGACACGCUUUACUUCGCCGAGCUCCUCAUGACGUCUGGUCUGGUGCUGUGUGAAAACGUCAAGUGGCUCUCCUUCCACAGCGGUUAUGAUUUCGGCUACCUGGUGAAGCUCCUGACGGACGCUCGGCUCCCUGAAGAGGAACACGACUUCUUCCAGAUCCUCAACCUGUUCUUCCCCGCAAUCUACGACGUCAAGUACUUAAUGAAGAGCUGCAAGAACCUGAAGGGAGGUCUGCAGGAAGUAGCCGACCAGCUGGAGUUGAAGAGGAUCGGACGGCAGCAUCAGGCCGGAUCGGACUCUCUGCUAACCGGCAUGGCCUUCUUCAGGAUGAAAGAGCUUUUCUUUGAAGACAACAUCGACGACGCGAAGUACUGCGGCAGAUUGUACGGACUCGGCUCGGGCUCCACUCAACCUCAGAACGGCCUCUCCAGCUCGGGCCAAGAGGAGACCAACAACAAGCACUGACCCUCCGAGCCAGAGAGAGAGAGAGAGCGAGAGAGAGAGAGGUCGACUCUUCAAGUGGAGCACGCACUUGUUUUUAACCCCCCCGCCCCCCCUGCCCAACCCGCCCCCUCCUCCUCCGCCAACCAGCAGAUUUUCCCCUUCAACACGAGACAAAACCAAAUCUUUAAAAUUUAAAAACCCUCCACCACCCUUCACCCCUCCUGAACCUGAGCGACUGUAAAAAAUGACUCUUUGACACACACACACACACACACUCUCUCACACACACACACUCUCUCACACACACAUACACACACACCCCCCCAAACCUGACAGGACGUUUCUUUCUCUUUUUCUUUUUUAGUCGCUUUUACUGAGUAUAUGGGCAUAUAUUCAGACUUCUUUUUAAACUCUCUAUUGUGUUUUUCUUCUUCUUUUUUUUUUUUUUUUUUUUUUUGCACCCUUCUUUAACAGCAUGGGACCAGCUCCUGUAUCCAACUGUGAUUUCAGACCAAUAACACAGAUUCUUCACUUUAAAACAUCGACUCUCACCAGCCAGCGGGACUUUUUUCCUCUUGUAGCAGGGAUUUCUUUACUUCUUCUCUUCUUUUUUCCUUUUUUUUUUUUUUUUUUUUUUUAAGUUAAUGCUGGAAGGGCCUGUAAAUUAAAAAUGUAUAAUUUUGAUGAAAAUAAAAAAAAUGUUUUAGCUUUUUUCCAAAAACACAAAAGAAGAAAAAAGAAAAACAAACUUUUUAAAAACAAGAAACAAUAAGCGUCAGAUGUGUAUAACUGUGUCGUUGGUUAUGCAUGUGUGUGUUUUUUUUUUUCUUUUCUUUUUUUUCCUCCAUUUGGGUAAAAACUACUGUUGUUGUUCUGUACAUUUCACCCCUCCCCCCCCUCCUAAAAACUGUCCACAGUC